UAAUGCUUCUCCAGUUGGUGUUGUAUAGACACAACACCGCCCUCAAGUGGCUGGUGCAAAAUAUAACUCUUAUUUUCUGGUUGAGAAUUCAAACGCCUUUCGACAGGGACAAAUUAUGUCGCGUACGUAACGGUUUGAAUUAGCUGUUCAUUUCACAAGUUCUGGAUCAACUGCUAUAUGAUUCCCGUCGUGUUCUCGGCCAACAACGGGGAAAGAUGCCACAGAAAACACUGGGAUCCAUUGUUGGUCUGCUUUGCACCGGGACCUGGUUGGUACAGGGAAAGGAAUUCUGUUUUGGAGUGAACAAUGAGCAAUACCGGUGUGAGAUGGGCUACUGCUGCGGGGAGACAGAGUGCUGCACUUACUACUAUGAGCUGUGGUGGUUCUGGCUGGUGUGGACCCUCAUCAUAAUGCUGAGUUGCUGCUGUGCCUACCGUCACCGUCGGGUCAAGAUGCGGCUGCAGCAGGAACAGCGGCAGCGCGAAAUCAGCCUUAUGGCCUAUCAGGGAGCUUCUAGUUCCUUCAUCUCCCCUCCACCCCUCAACUUGAGGUUCUGGACAGACUGCAAGCUUCCUGACUAUGAAGAGGUGGUGGGUCAUCCCCCGACUCCACCUCCGCCUUACUCUGAGAUCCCCCCAGAGACCACCCCUCCUAUCCUACUGCCCCCCAUCCAAUCAGAAGCUGCUGUGGUGCUGGAGCCCCCAACAGAGGACACCCCAAGAGAAGAGCAGGCCGCUACUUCCUCAGCAGACCAGGAAUCCACAUCUGCUCCCAGCAAAUCAGAACGACUGGUGGAAGAGGAGCUGGUGACCCGGCGCAGGCAUGUGACUGGCGACUCAGGGAUCGAGGUGUGUGUGUGCCAACUGGACGAGAGCUCUGGGCCGGAAGAGGACGAGGAGCAGGUGUGUCAGGGGGCCAGGGGGGACUGCUGCUCUGCCUCCGAGCACCACCACAUCAGACACAAAGAGAGAACCCCAGGGCCUCAGCCCAAAGGCCAGACCGCCAGCACCGGAGACCGCCUGAUCUGAGCUCCACCACCAACCACCCAGAGGCUGCUGCUGCUGCCGGAUCUGCGCUUUAGGGAGGGAGUGCCCUCAUCAUAACAAUAACCCAGACACCACCAGCAAAUGAAAUGUCCCACAACGACUCACCAAAUGAACCAGGUUGUCCUGCUCUUUGACAUGCUUGUCAGUUAUGAUCCAUAAAAUGACGCCAAUGAUGACAAAGUUUAUUUAAAAGAUGCUUAGUUUGGCUAACGGUUUAAUUCUUUAAUACCCAUGGAUGGUCCCUCAUCUGCUUUGUUUAGUUCUUGCAAUGGUGAUGAUGAAAAUGCCAACUUCUAGAGAUCUACCAAGUGGCAAGAAGAGGUGCUGAUGCUGGUACAGAAUUGCCUACAUCUACCCACCCACUUGUCCCUCACUCUCCCACCCAACUGUUUAGCCUGGACAUUUUUCCUUUGGUCCUUCUAACAUUUCACCUCUGUGGGGACAGGGCAGGAUGGCGUACCACCAUGGUCACCAAUCCCUAGGCCCCAGCACAUAGGGGCCAAAACAUAAGAUCAUGCUACCAGACACAGUCCUGACCAGGGGAUACAAACUGUUACGGAUAGAACAUGUUUUUGUUUUUGCAGCGGUUUGUGUGCGUGUACUGUGUAAUCUAGGACACAGCUGCAAAGUGAUGUCACCCCUGAGGUAAUCUUGGCCUGCAUCUGGUUUCCUUGUGGAGUGACAGCAGGGCUAUUUGCAUCCAGAGAGAAGGCUAGGAAGUGAAGAUGUGCCUGUCUCUUAUAGCGUCUUUCUGAACUGUGUCCCAAUAACAUCAGACUCCACCCCUCCUACACCCAUCCCUCAUGUCUCCACCAGUACUCCGGUCAACACUUGGCCAGACUGAAAGGUAUUGAAUGGACUGGAACGGAUGUGAUUAUCUGGUCUGACUGGCCAAGUGAACUGAAGAGGUGACAAUAUCCCAUUGCUGUGCCUGCAACUUGGUAUCUAUAAAAAGCAUUGUGGUGGUCGACCGUGUAUGUGUUUUCACAGACCGGCGGUGAAAUAACGUGGCGUGUGUGUGGUGGGGUCAGCAGCAUUUUGAAGGACUGACAGUCUCACCGAGUGGUAAGGGGUAUGUUGUUGGGAAGACUGAAGUUUCAGCAGUGUAGUACUUUGUCCUGUAUCAUUUUCUUGUCUUUUUAUUACUUCUCUAAAAACCUGCUUUAGCUGAGGCCACUAUAACCCACAUCAAUGGCAAAGAAUCUCUUAUCCAAGGGAUGCUGUGCGUGUGGAGUAGUGUAGUCUUAUUUAGUGUAUCCUCAGUGUCCUGGCCCCUGGUGUAAGUUAGUGCACUCAACUCACCAGGCUUUAGACCACUUUUCUUUUAAAAAAUGCACUGGGUUCUUGCUUAGAGGGCAUGAGUAAUUAAUUUGUGUGUCUGUGUAGGUAGAUCUGUGUUCUGAUUCGUCCUGUCAGCAACCGUGUGUUUUCGGGCCAGUGUUUUAUAUAGUCUACUACUCCCAGGCCAUUGGCCCCGAGCUGACAAUGAUGAAUCGCUGCUGUUUUUACCCAGCAGCAGCCGGAGUCUGAUAGUGUCACUCCCUUUCCGCCACGAGUCCCCUGGCCAUGUGGGACUCGGACGGAGUGAACCAAGGUUUAAGUAUAGACACCAUGUAUCUAGUUUCAUCAUGUUAUGACUUUGCACCGGGCCUGCAAUGUGCUGUUGCAUACGCCCUUGGCUUGCAGUGGUGUGAACAUUGUAGAAGCAAUGUGACAGAUUUGUGUUGGUAUUUUCCAUUCAGUGGGAUGGGGUUGGCUUUGCUGUUAGUGCAGCUGCACACUGUUAUGAUAAACCAGUGAAGUGCGUUGCUUGCCCAGCAUGUGUCGAAGCACAGCCGUAGAAUCGGGAGUGUGUUUUAUUCUGCCGUUCCACCUAAAAGAAUAAGCACAAAAGUCCAGCUGUCUUGGGUGUGUUUUAAAUGGCAGUGAAGGUAUGAAAGUUUUUUAUUAUUUAGGGUAUUGAUUUGCUUUCAUGCAGCACUUAUUGAUCAAGUAGGUUAUGGACUGAUGCACUGUGUAUUAUUUCACUGCUAAUGAAAAAGGACAGAAAGACAUUAAUUUCAACUAUCAAUCAAUAAGUUGUCUGUCUUCAAGUGUUAAGUCUUGACACUAUAAAAGUAAUGCUGGAAAGUCAGAGGAUAGUCAUGCACUCACAAAGACUCACCCGCUCACAUUAGGACACUAACAUGUUUUUGAUAAGACACCAUAAGUUGCCUUGGUAGGUUGCUAGGGAACAGACAUGAGGCUCAAGGUGCACCACAACAGAGGGGUAAUCCUACGAAGCAGGUUUGAUGAGUUGGCGAGAUACCUUUGGUGAACCCUGAGUUCAACUCGGGAUAACCAGUCAUACGAAAGUGGCUCACAUAGUAUUCUAAUUCCUGAUUCUAUGGUGGCUCAACUUUGAGCCAGGUACAUUUCUAUGGCAACGAAUCCUUCAGCACUUACCUGCUCUGGGGUCGGCUAACUCCACUUAUCAUGAAUGAAAUGACUGGGCUGUGAGUUGAGGACUAUGAAAUCAGAUUCCCUCCCACUUGCAAAGAUUGUGUCAUCACCCCCUUUAUUUGAGGGAUAUGACUGAUUUUAAAUAUUAUCCAUGGUUGUAGUACAGAGGAAGCCUGUGCUGUAAUGUGAAGCUGGUUAGCUUUAGAACACCCUGAGUAGAUCCAGCUUGCUUUGUAGGAUACCCCUCAGAAGGCAUAUGAACACUCAUUUUAAGUGCUCCUUCUGAGGCAUAAGAAAAUAAAUGCCUUACUGUGGCACGGUCGUAAAAUGUAGUUGGGGACAGGUAGACUAAAUGUGUUUUGGCGUCUGUGUUUGAAGAGUAGGCGAUUAUAUUCCAGACUUGUGCUUUGAAAGAAACCUAAAAUGUUUUAGCCCCCCUCCCCCAUGUUUGAAGCAUGGUGUGCAUAGUUUCUAGUAGUCCAGAGGAGUCCUUUUUAUACAGAUGGAGUCCGAAGUGUAAAAUGAUCUCCGUCUGAUGUAUCGAUUGGCUCAACUUAUUCUAGACUGUGGUUAUGAGUUGCAGGAAAUGUAUCCGAGUGAAACCACAAGACGAGAUCAUAUGUUGUAAAAGCUGGCAUGUAGAAUAGGUAACAUUUAUUUAGUCAGAACGCUUGUGUAUCUGCUUCUCCCUGGUUAUCUGUGGUUAUUUGAUCACUUUUUUUUCCUUCCCACCCCCAUUUUCUUUAGUUAUUGUAUUUUUAUUUCAAGGAUAUGAUCUAGAUAAGUUUGAUAUUUGAACUGACUUGAAAGGAUGUUGAAUUAGUACCAAACAAAAUCAUGUUAAGAAAUCCUUUGUUUUAGUUUUUCUUGUGCUCAUAUGAGAUGUUUGUUUUUUGAAUGGUUGGGGGGGACUGACAAAUGUAGAUGCUAAAGUGCAUUUAUUUUUAUGCAAUAUAGAUAAAUUAAGAUUAUGACGUUGAGGGUGUUUCAUGUUUCUGAAAAAGAAAAUGGGGACCCAUAGUUUUUCAGUCCCAUUGCUCACUACUUACUGGGCAAACUCUUGUUUGGCUUUCACAUGUUUACCUAGAUAAAGGGCUAUCAGUCAGUCAUGGACAAACACCCAUCCAUUUCAUUCAUCUGCUCUGUAAUUUUCCUCUUACCUACAGUUGCAGACACCGGCGAUAUGUGAACGUAAUUCUUUGGUCUUUUGUAGUACUCGUGUGAAUAAUGGGCGAUGUGUAUAUUUUCAAGCAUCUUUGGCCUUUUUGUUCCCUGUUCGCUUUUGUUUCAAUGUUCACAGAGGCGCGUGAAGCUCUUAUCCCUCGCUCGGUCUCUUCUUUCUCUCAAACCCCACCCAGUCCCCUAUGGCCUCUCACCAUAUACCAGCACAGAGGGCACAAGCUAGGAUCAGUGUCAGGUUGGGUAUGUGGCCCCUGAUGAGGUAACUAGCCCCAGGUGUGAUAGUGAUGGGGGCUUUAGCCAUGGCUCAUUGCAUCCCUCUAGACCAUGAGACACCCCCCCCUCCUCCGGAGGCCCGACCAUACCGAUCAUGGUAACAGAAACUGUGGCAACCCACACCAAUGUUUGUCUUUGUGAGAUGGGGUUUGUCUCUGCAUAUAUCAUCCUUAAGAUCAUGCAGGCACAAUUAUCUUUUGAGAUUGUUUGCCUGUAUCUAAAUUAUCACUGUACUCAACCCACACGUUGUCUCAUACACGCAAUCCUAUUGUCAUGAAUAGAAAACAUUUGCCAUCUUUCAGAAUCUACCAUUAGCACCAGUGCCAUCAGUUGUCUGUUUCAUUUACCUUGCUCACUACACCAAAGGCCUCCUUUCACCCUAAAUUGUUCCUCUUUUCUGCUCCACGCGCCUCUGUAAUGUACUGUAACUGACUAGCCUAUGCAAAAAAAAAACAAACCCAUUGAUAUGCUGCAAUAACUCUUCUGUGUGGUUGCCAGUACAAGCAAUAUUACUCUCAGUACAUGUCGCAAGUGUACCUCAGUUUAUUUUUUGUUUUUAUUGCUACUAUGGUGUGUUUCGUGUGUAUGCUUUGAAAGCAAAUGUGUAUAUCUAAAUGUUACCUCUUGGUGGGUUCGGGAGUAUAGAUAAAAAGCCAUUCUAGUUAAUUUUGUCUUUUGUUUCUGUUAGUCUUUAGUGACAUGGAUAGAAGUACAGUCUGCUGUCAUUCUGAUCUGCUAAGAAUAUUACUCCUGCUUAUUAUGAAGAAAAACUACAUCUGUUUAACUUGUGUAAACUAAAGGAGUUUUGAAUUAUAUUUUGUUGUAUUAAUAGUAUUUAAUCUCUCCUCAGAAUAAUAUUAUUCUGUUGGUCCUGUGGGUACCUUUGCCACUGUUCCACCCCUUGUGUGUUACGCUGUCAUGGUGUAUUUGUAAACAGUGAGAUGGCUUGUUUUUAUUGUAUUUGAGACAUUUUCAGUGACUACUUAAUGGUUGCCUUCUCUCUUUGAUUGCCCAACCUUUUCAUAUAGAAGAUGGUGAAUGUGACCUUUUAUCAAGUAUGGAAGCAAAUCUAAUCCCAGUGCUAGAUAACAGAGUGGAGAAAAUGAUCAGGUCUCUUAAAUGGGUUGUUUAGUGUACACCUCCGCUAGCCCAGGAGUUUGUUUUAGAUGAUCUCUCACUAAGGGGUGGGCUGCAUUUGUAAUCAUACAUCACCAAGGCAACAAUGUACUCGCAACAUAAUCUAAGGAGGCUCUGUUUAACCAACAUGAAACCCAGAUGUUUCUUUCAUUUCUCCCUCAACCAUAGAUAAUGUCAGGCGGAUGUCGAUGUUGUGGCUGAUGCGUAUGUAGAAAGACUUUGCAAAACAAACACCCAGCUAGAGAAGGAACCAGUCGACCACAAUCACAGACCCUUUCGUGUUCUUUUUCCUGUCUAGAUCAAGCCCCCAAAAACGUGUAGGGGGGGAAGCACUCAAAUUUGUGGUACAUUUGAAUGCUUUGGUUUAGUUGGGGGUCUGCUGUGUACUGUUGGGUAAUUAGGAUUUUAUUUUUGUAUAAUAAAACAAACAUUGGCACUGUU